ACCUGAAACAUCGAUACAGAAGCAAAUAAACAGAUACUUUCUGUCGUCCCACACAUGUGACGUCUGUCACAUGUGAUGUCUAUAGUGGUCUGUAGUCCGUAACCUCUUUCGACGGAAAGACGAUAGAAAGAGAGAUUCCGAUGCUCUAAGGGAACGCGUGAAACAAGGACAGCAGACUCAGCGCGACCAACUUGCCAACGUUAAAUAAUUUUACUCUUCACAGUUGGUGAACCUGCCCCCCAGCGGCUGUCGGCGAGCAAAAGUGGGCGUGGUUUAGCUGAACUGCACACACCAUGUUAUCCCUUCCACCAUGAUGAAAACGGAAAACGAAGAAUAUAAUGCAGUGCUGUUAUAUAUUCGAAAAGUCGAAAGGAUGACGCGAUUAUGGCUGUUGUUUGGUAUUUUGGCGUUGACUGGUGGUCAGACCAUUUAUCCGGAUCAAUACGAAAUGAUGACGAUAAACAACAGUCGUGCCUCGCUAUCUGCUGAUUUUCAAUCGUUACAAACGACCAGCAGUAGUCAGCCACCUGUUCAAAUCAAUCAACAAUUCGGCGCUGCUGCGAGGCCGGCAGAAGGGCAAUUUUAUCCUGCGCCCACUCGCGUACCGUUGUAUCCAUCAGUGAAUUCGAUAACCAACCAGCAAUCCGUGCAAGAAACUUGGAGCAAUCAUGUGAACAAUAUUAUAUCCAGGGGAAUCACAAAGUUUGCUCUGGAUUUGGAUAGAGCAAUUCACAAAACCUCGGUGACUAAUCGUCGCGAGAACGUGGUCUUUUCUCCGAUCAGCGUAUCCAUCGCCUUGUUGUUAGUCCUGUUGGGUUCCGCCGGCAAGACCUUCGACGAGGUUUCUCGGGUACUCGGCUUAGAGACUGGCGUAGAUAUAUCUCAACAUUCGGAAAUCGUUCACCAGAUGUACGGUCAGCUCCUGGCUAUCAUGAAUUACAGGGUUGAAGGUAGCAAUAUGCCGCGCGUGAGUUCCGCUAGUGGCAUCUUUGUUCAGCAAGGAUAUCCGAUUCGACCCGAGUUCCGCGCGAUCAGCGAAAAUGCGUACAAUAGCGAAGUGAUAAAUUUAGAUUUUCGAACAAAAGGCAGAGAAGCGCGAGACACAAUAAACACUUGGGUGAAGAAACGAACAAUGGACAAAAUUGAUACUAUAUUGAACGAACCGCCAGAUCCGUUGACCACCGUAAUUUUUUUAUCGACGCUCUAUUUUAAAGGAGAAUGGAAUCAGCAUUUCUUAGAACUUAUGACAAGCAGGAAACCAUUCUUCAUCGAGCCGAAUGACACGGUCGAAAUAGAUAUGAUGUACAAACGUGGUGAUUUUCCAUUUUACGAAGACAAAUCGUUGGACGUUAAAAUAGUGGGUUUACCCUACAAAGGCUUAGAGAAUGCCGAGAGAAAUACGAAGAGCAGAAGUAGACGACAGAGCCGACCCAUAGACGAGAACUUCUUGAGAUUCAUACGGUCGCAAAAUUUCCCCUUUUACGGCUUGGACAAUCUGCGAAACGGUGGGAGUCUCGUGAAUCCGGGCCUGUACGCCAACGACGUGCUGCACAAAGUGGAGAUGGACGUGACGGAGAAGGGGACAGAGGCCGCGACCACGACCACAUUUUGGCUUCAGCGCAAAAAUUAUAAUCAGAACAGGCUGGUCGCCAACCGGCCUUUCAUGUUUUUCAUUAGGCACAACCCCACGAAGCUCAUCCUCUUCUGGGGAACAAUAAAUGUGCCGACCCCAAACUACGCCGUCGUCAGAUGAAAUGCGCUAUGAAGGUUUUCCGUAUAGAUAUACCGGAGUUCGGCUUUCCUCGAAUAUAAUUCCUAUUUAUUUUUUAUAUAUUUAUAUAUUUGUCACUUGAUUCGAACAAAUGCGACUAUUUUUUACGUCUUUUUUUAUAUGUAUAAUAUUUUUUACUGCUGUAACACGAUUUCCGCGCCUAUCGCAGUCACAACGAGUAUAUAUUGCGUAUUAUUCCUAUUAUUUUAUCUUAUUAUGUUCGUCAUAACGCGUGUGCCUAUUAUCGCGUCGUAUGCCUAUGUUGUAAGUUAAAACGAUGUUAUAAUCGUGUUCUCUCUUUUUAUGUAUAAAUAAACAUGAUAUUGUUACAUUUUGAUAACGUAACAAUGAUCGAAACGCAAGGAGAUAAGAAAUUAAUAGGAAAUAAGAAAUUAAUGAUAAUAACUUGAAAUUUACAGAAUAAUGAAUAAAUCUCUCUAAUGCAAUUACGAUGACGCUCCGAUUAAUUUAAAACUAGUAAUAGUAUUAUGCAUAAUAGUUUCGAGCUUUAUCUUUUACUCCUCAAUCUCAUAGUUUAGCUCGCUUUUAGUAAUAAAUAUAAUGUUCCUUCAACUUUUGGAAAAUAGAUAUGUGAAAUCGAUAAAAACUGUUUAUUUUUCAUGGUUUUGUGUCAUAUUAAUCUGAACGUUUGUGUGUGAAAAUAAAAACGGUAAUUGUGAUUUAA